AUGGCUCCGGGCCGGUCUCGGCGCGGGCCCGCGCGGGGCGGCCUGAGGCGAGUUCCGGCCGUUGUCCUCGCGCCGGCCCAACGGCCGCCCCACCCCGCGCGCCCCCGUCCAUUGGCCAGCGCCCGAGGCGCUCGGCCAAUCAGCGCCCGCGCGGCCGCCUCGCACCUCCCCGCGCAACGUGAGCGGCUCUGCUGGCCAUGCGGUGACGGCCGCCCGGCGAGCAAAGCGCUGCGCCGCGAUUGGCCCCGCCCGCCGGCGCGCAGCCAAUGGGAAAACAGAUCGCUCGUGCCUCCCGCCAAUGAGCGGCCGCGGAGGCGCCGCUCGCCCGGAGACAGCGCCCCGAGCGGCCCCCGGGCCCUGCCACCGCUUCGGGCCCUGUCACCUCCGGGCCCUGCCACCGCCUCGGGCCCUGUCACCUCCGGGCCCUGUCACCUCCGGGCCCUGCCACCGCCUCGGGCCCUGUCACCUCCGGGCCCUGUCACCGCCUCGGGCCCUGUCACCGCCUCGGGCCCUGUCACCUCCGGGCCCUGUCACCUCCGGGCCCUGCCACCGCCUCGGGCCCUGUCACCUCCGGGCCCUGUCACCUCCGGGCCCUGCCACCGCCUCGGGCCCUGUCACCUCCGGGCCCUGCCACCGCCUCGGGCCCUGCCACCGCCUCGGGCCCUGUCACCUCCGGGCCCUGCCACCGCCUCGGGCCCUGUCACCUCCGGGCCCUGUCACCUCCGGGCCCUGUCACCUCUGGGCCCUGCCACCGCCUCGGGCCCUGUCACCUCCGGGCCCUGUCACCUCCGGGCCCUGCCACCGCCUCGGGCCCUGCCACCUCCCCGAGCCUGUCACCUCCGGGCCCUGCCACCGCCUCGGGCCCUGCCACCGCCUCGGGCCCUGCCACCUUCGGGCCCUGUCACCUCCCCGAGCCUGUCACCUCUGGGCCCUGUCACCUCCGGGCCCUGUCACCUCCGGGCCCUGCCACCGCCUCGGGCCCUGUCACCUCCGGGCCCUGUCAUCUCCGGGCCCUGUCACCUCCAGGCCCUGUCACCUCUGGGCCCUGCCACCGCCUCGGGCCCUGCCACCUCCCCGAGCCUGUCACCUCCGGGCCCUGCCACCUCCGGGCCCUGCCACCGCCUCGGGCCCUGCCACCGCCUCGGGCUCUGUCACUUCUGGGCCCUGCCACCGCCUCGGGCCCGUCACCUCCCCGAGCCUGUCACCUCCGGGCCCUGCCACCUCCCCGAGCCUGUCACCUCCAGCCCCUGCCACCCUGCCUGGGCCCUGUCAGGCCCCUGA